GAAUCAUGAUUACGCCUCUCGUAGUUUAGUUGAGCCGGCCAUCCAGCCCCGCAUACAAGCUGUAUAAGAAGGGGCGAUGAGUCGCAUGAGGGCCCGACAUUCGUGGCUCGCCUGGGUCUUCCAGCAGAACAAGCAUGGCCCCAACAAGCUUGAUAUUUCUUAUCCUUGCCUCGUCGGUGUGUCGUGCAGUAUCUAGGCAGUUCAGCAAUGACUUCAAUGAUCCGCCGAUACGAUACCGCCCAAAGUUUAGAUAUUGGCUGCCCGAUGCCAGCGUCCCGUCCAAUGCUGUAGCUAACGACAUUCGCGCGGCGAAAGCGGCUGGAGCUGGUGGCCUUGAAUUACUACCUUUCUACCUUUACGGUCAAGGAGAAGAAAGCUAUAGACGGAAUGGUGCGGAGGUCGUGCCUGAUCUCCCCGAUUGGUCCAAGUAUGGUUUUGGUACAGAUGCUUUUGUGGACUUAUUCAAGGACUCGCUGCAAGCUGCUCAGGAUGCCGGCAUCUUGCUCGAUUACGCACUCAGUCCUAACCAGGGACAAGGAAUUCCGUCCGAACCUGCCACGCCUGGAUUGGCUGUUGAGCUGCUCAUGGGUCAAGACACUAUUGCUCCCCACGGGAGUUUCAAUGCUUCUAUCCCUCAAGCCCAGCAGCCAUCCUCAUAUAUAUUGAGCGGUCUAUCGUUCAUGCAUCCAUUAGAGCAAUUUGGAACUCCAAACCUAAUUGCUGUCAUUGCAUAUUCUACUGAGAAUAGCGUCAGCAACGGAACAGUGCAUCUUGUGCAAAAUUCCUUCAUUGAUCUUAGCUCGCUUAUCACAGAAAACAACACCUUGCGUUGGACUCCGCCGGAUCGCAGUAAAUUCUGGAGGGUUUUCUCUUUCUGGGAGGCCUACACGAAUCAAAGAUCAUGUGAUGGCGGUCCUAACGCGACUACCUCUUUGGGCAAUGGAUCUUGGACUGUCGACCAUUUCAGUGGGAAUGGUGCUUCCCGGGUGACCGACUUUUGGGACCAGCAUCUCCUCUCUGAUCCCAAGGUAGCCGAACUGCUCCGUAACGUUGGAAAUUACGCUUGGGAAGAUAGUAUGGAAAUGCUCGCUGCUCUGUAUUGGACUCCAGGGCUCGUAGAUCGUUUCAAGAACACCAGUGGCUUCGACUUGCUUCCAUAUUUACCCUUACUGUUCAGCAUUUCCAAUUCGUGGAACGGACUAUUGCCGGCCUACAAUGAGACUUUCGUAUUCGGCAACUCCACGGACAGCGGUGAAAGCCGUUAUCAACUUGAGUAUCGGAAAGCACUGAAUGAUGGAUACCAAGAGUACCUCGAGCACUUCCAGAAAUGGUCACAUUCUAUUGGCAAUCAAUUUUCCACCCAACCAGCGUACAAUUUGCCAUUGCAAGCUCUCAGUGAUAUUCCUCUUGUGGACGCUCCAGAAGGCGAAUCCCUUGGAUUUCAGGAACUUACAGAUGUGUAUCGCCAAUUCGCUGGCCCUGCUCAUCUUGCCAACAGACAAGUUAUAUCAACUGAACUCGGUGCAGUAAACACACCGCCGUACUGGCUCACUGUUCCCGACCUUCUUCAAAAGAUCAAGCGUUCCUUAGCCGGAGGCUUCACGAUGAACGUUAUCCAUGGUUUCCCGACUCUUGCUCCAUAUGCCAAUACAACCUGGCCAGGAUACACUCCGUUCAUAUAUCAAUUUACGGACAUGUGGAAUCCAAUGCAACCAGCUUGGCAACAUUUAAAAGAUUCUCUUGACUUCGUAGGCCGAAACCAGUGGGUAUUACAGCAAGGGCAGCCCAAAGUGGAUCUUGCGUUGUAUGCAUUCGCUACACCCUGGACGAUCAUCAGCAGAUACAACUCGGACAAUCUUCGAGAAUUGGGUUACACGUACGACUAUCUCGGACCGGACAACAUUGUCUCCACGGAUGCCUUCGUUAGGGCCGACAAGCUUGGUGUACCUGAGUACAAAGCCAUGAUUUUCAACAACCAAACAGUUGCCACUACGGAAGCAGUAGAAGCUCUGACCAAGUUCGCGGCACAAGGUCUCAAAAUUAUAUUUAUAGGCGCGCCUCCGAAUCAGUCAUACCCCGUCGAUGCAGCUAGCCAAAAGACCUUCAACUCUGCGAUGGCGCGUCUGCUGUCGGGACCUAAUAUCCACCACACAGACAAUAUCGACCAGCUACCGGCCUUGCUCAGGGAGGCUGACAUCAAUCCGCGAGUGGAACUAAACUGCACGCCCGGCGCCGUCUCCACCGUAUACCGCUCGUCCGACGGUGUCGAUUAUAUAUACUUCUUUAACGACCAAGACGAGUCGCCACGCUGUGGAGCCACCGUGGAAGCGGCAGGUGUAGUACCUUUUGUCUACAACGGAUAUACAGGUACCCAGUCACCGCUAUUGCAAUACACAACAUCCGACACUCAUAUUUCGUUGGCGCCGACACUGAAAGCAAACGAGACUCUUAUAAUCGCGCUGCAUCGCAACGUUCCGCAGCCAGCGUGUACAAUGGUCCAAUCGAGCCCCUACAUCCGUUCCGUGAACGCUUUAGAAGGAAAUUUGCACGCCAUCGUCACGCACAGUCCCUACGUCCUGGCUACCUCAACUGGCAAGACAAAGCAGUUCGACACAUCGCUUCCGCAGACCAUCAACCUUACCACUUGGAACCUUACCGUGGAAGACUGGCACUCUGCACCCGACCGUUUCGCCAUCGAGAACGAAAUCACGAAUCACACCUUUUCCAACAUAUCACUUGUCCCAUGGAGCCAGAUAAGUGCAGCUUUGCAGCCUGUCUCCGGCAUAGGCUGUUACACCACGACGUUUGCAGCUCCCUCUGAAGCCGACUUCUCCGCACUAGUCGGCUAUCUCAGCCUACCGCUUAUCCAACACACUGCGCGCGUGUUCCUGGACGGUGAGUGGCUUGGCCCCAUCGAUACCGCCAAUCCCAUUGUGCCGCUGCACGGCCUUGAGAAGGACAGGCAGUACGAGUUGAGGGUCGAUGUGUCAACGACGCUGUUCAAUCGGGUGAAAGCGGAGGCGGAUCAGGUGUGGAUGGUGGGACAGGUGGCGAGCCAUCAGAAUGAAAAGUAUGGCAGUGCACCAUACGAAGAGUAUGGGCUGGUGGGUGGUGUGUCGAUAGAAUGGGGGUAUAGCGUGGAAGUAGAAUGCUGAAAUACGCGGGCGAUGCCAACGAGGAUCCAUUCAAAACCGUAUUGUGGAUACGAGUGAUUGUUCGAAUGACCUAUACAUGGUGGUGGUAACUCGCCGCUCACACGAAUUUGCGUGCACCUGAUACACAACGCGCAGGCCA